CGCGGUGCUCGCCGCCUCGCUGGUGCUGCUGCUGCCGCCGCCCGCCCGGCCCGAGGCGCGAGCGACCCGCUCCCACAGCCUUUCGUUAAGUAGGGGCUGCCCUUGAAGGAAAGCACUGAUCGUACCUCCGCUGCUUUCCUCCUCCUAAAUGCCACCGCAGUUUGUUGUAGAAAGUUUGCAGCCCCGCUCGAAGAUGCGAUCCAGCUUACGUUUAAAGUCGCUUCCCUGCCGCGGUGCGUUUAGAGGGAUGCUCAGGCCCGUGCCGGCCGUAACGGCGGACGGAGCUACGGCCUUCCCACGCGGGAGGCAGCCCCGCUUCGCCAGCCCCACGCAGGAGCGACGGGUGAUGCAAGUCCAGCUGCAUCCUCCUUCCCUCUCCUUGUCCCUCGCCGAUCUUGCAUGAGCUAUUCGCUCCCCUCUGCUUCAGUUUGCCCAUCGAUAAGAUGGUCAAAGAACUCGUUCGUCUGUCAGAGAUCUUAUGAAUAGGACUCUUGCAACGUCUAUUGAUUGUUUUGAAUGAAAGAUGCAGUAAACAUGCAAAUUAUUAGUAUCGUUAUGACAUAUUUCUGAAUUAUCCACUGCCUUCUAGUCCUGGCAGUCAUAUUUUGCAGCUUACAGGGUUAUAUUUCCCAGUUAUGGACUUACAGCCAUAAAGGUAUAUUUUAAUAUGUAAAAUUCUAACAAUUUAAUAGACCUUGUAACUAAUGUGAUUGCAAUAUGCAGGUAAUCCCUUUGGCAGUCAGUCGUGACUACCUCAAGCUGAUAACUCUCAUCUUGAAAUCAAAUAAAAAAAUAUUUGAAGCUUCUAAAACGUGCAGAGGGACAGAGAUCCACCUCUAGGAAACAGAAGAACAUUUUUUAAAAUCUCAUCCUCCCCUUCGGAAAUGCAAGGGAAUGCUGCAGGCACAUUCCAGGGCUCUGAGGACAUGACCUCUAGCAGUAUGGCGCUAUGUUAAAACAUUAACCAUUUCAAACCCUUCCCUAUAUCUAUCGGAAUCGUAGAAGCUGCAUUAGACCCUGGUGGUCUGGACCCAAAAUGCAGGUGGGCCGGUGGGAGUGUGAACAUCUUCCUUCCUCAGCCAUGUAUGAAAAAGGCUUUAUCUCAACCCACUCAAUAUAUGAGGUGCAACUGUAAUCUGUAAUGGGAAUCAUGACUUUUAUUAGUCUUUUCCAGAAAAUUAUAUGGAAUAGAACAUACUCUUUUGGUCAUUGAUAUUUCGGAGGAAUCUAUGUACAUACAUAUAAGAAAGGUAUUUUUCCUGAGCAUCCACUACAGAAAACAUUAGUUUAAAUAAAAAAUAACAAAUAAUCGUAUUAUAUUUUAGUACUUGAAAAGAAUUAAUGAAAUAAUCCAAAGAUCUAAAUACAUUAUUAGUCCUUAUAAUGUAUUGAUUUGGCCUAUCAAAAGGUACAGUAAGCUUGUCAAAGCAGUGUAGUAAACUACAGUGCAUUCAGGGAUAGAGUAGAACAUUCAUAAAUGUGUUUCUAUAAUAUAUAUCUAUUAAGAAAUGCACGAGGAAAACUGUUCUUCACUGUUUAUGUUUCAUAGGUUUUACUGUAUUUAUGAUUAUUUCAGAAAAUAGCCUGAAUCCCAACAGCUCUUUGUGGGCUAUGGAUUAUGAGGGACUGUUCCCCAGUACGAAAAGUCUUCCAGGGACCGCGGGCUCUUACCAACCCUCCGGGCUGCUCAGAGGCGACUCCCUCGUACGGCGCAAGGAACGGAGAAGUCUGCUAAGUCCGAAUCUGAGCCAGAACUCGCAGGGAAAGCAGCUGUCCUGUGACAUGCUCCUUAAACUUUCCAGAUACGUUUUAAUGGAUACCUUUGGACCUGGCUUGGCCUGGAAUCUCUUCCGAUUUUACAACUGUGAUCGAGAAGUCAAUCCGCCUAAAAUCCGUAUCAGUCCUCUCAAGGUGGCGCGGUACAAGCUGAAGCCUUUCUUGCUGCACCGGGUGCUUCAGCUGCUCGGCAGCACGGGAGCGUCUUCGGAAGCUCAGCAGUCCAAGGCCUUCUCGCUGCUGAAGGAGCAAAUGCUUGAAACAAGGAAAAUACAGAUAAAGCCCAAAGUGGAACAAAGUGGGCCCUGCCCGGAGCCCGCUCCGCACCUCGCCCCGUGGCGCCCCGGCUCCGACACCCGCCGCGCCGCCGUCGUGGGCCGGGGGGCGGCCCUGCGCCUCGAGAGCUCCGCCGCCUUCCACUCCCUCGUCAUCCGCGACGGAGGCAGGCUGGUGUUCGCCGACCGCCCCCGCGGGCCGCCCAUCACCCUGCGGGCCCGCUACAUCCUCAUCGAGGACGGCGGGGAGCUGCACAUCGGCUCGGAGCGCUGUCCCUACGGCUCGCGGGCCACCAUCUCGCUGUACGGGCGGGCCGCCGACGGGGCGCCCGUGGACGGCUUCGGGCAGAAGUUCGUGGGCGUGGGGCGCGGCGGCGUGCUGGAGCUGCACGGCCGGCGGCGCCGCUCCUGGACCCUCCUGGACAAAACGCUGCACCCCGGGGGGCUCCGCCACGGCCGCUACUCCUCCGAGAGGCGCUGGGGCAGCCGCGGGCUCAACCUGCGCGUCCUCGACGCCGGCACGGCGCGGGUGCUGGCGGCCGGGCGCUUCGACACCCACCUGCUGCCCGGCGAGUGCCGGCGGCUGCGCGACUUCCUGGCGCUGCAGGCGCCCGGCAGGGUGGUGGCGGCCGCCGUGGGGGACUCGGCCGCCCGCAGCCUCACGCCGGGGGCGCGGCGGCUGCUGCGGGAGCGCCUGGGCAGCAGGCACAUCGCGCGCCUGGGGCACAGGCAGCCCUGGGCUCUGGUGGGGAUCCUCGGAGGGGAUCCGCUUUUGACAGUGGAAGAUAAGAGAGAAUAUCAUGGGACCGGGACAACGGGGCUAGCUGUAGCCCAAAGAGAUUUCCAGACCUACGACGGAAUCCGUUUCACCGUUACCGCUUUCAGCGGAUGGGUGAAAGGGGUGCCUCAUAAUGGAUUUAAAGUGGAAGUGUCCAAAGGAAUAAUUCUCCAUUUAGUGGAUGAAGUUACAAGUUGGUUACCUGGUGACAGAAUAGUCAUUGCCAGUACAGAUUAUUCAAUGCAUCAAGCUGAAGAGUUUAAUCUCCUUCCUUGCACCGAAUGUAAAAGUAAUCAAGUGAAAAUUGAUGGCAGCCCGCUUUAUCUUCACAUUGGAGAAGUUAUAGAUGGCAUAGAUAUGAGGGCAGAGGUUGGUCUUCUGACAAGAAAUAUACUUAUUCAAGGAGAAAUGGAAGACUCCUGUUAUGGACAAAAUCAAUGCCAGUUUUUUUCCUUUGACACAUUUGGAGGACAUAUUAAAAUCCAGAGGAAUUUUAGCUCUGUUCACAUGUCGGGAGUGGAAUUAAAAAACAUGGGGCAGCAAAUCCUGGGCAGCUACCCUGUACACUUUCACUUGGCCGGCGACGUGGAUGAGAGAGGAGGAUACGAACACCCAACUUACCUUGACAACCUGGCUAUCCACCACUGCUUCUCUAGGUGUGUUGCCAUACAUGGAACUCAUGGCCUUCUGGUGAAAGACAGUAUUGGCUAUGACACUCUGGGGCACUGUUUCUUCCUUGAAGACGGGACAGAGCAACGCAAUACUUUCUAUCACAACCUGGGCCUCCUCACGAGGUCGGGAACGAUCUUACCUUCGGAUCGCAACGAAGCCAUGUGCCUUGCAAUCCGUAGCCACGUCUACGGGAAUUACAUUCCCGUGCCAAGCACGGACUGCAUGGCUGUCAGCACGUUCUGGAUUGCAAAUCCAAACAACAACUUAAUAGGGAAUGCAGCAGCUGGUGCUCAGGAUGUCGGGAUAUGGUACAUCUUCCACCGGGUUCCGACUGGACAGUCCGAGGGGCAAUAUCCAGAGGGACAGGCUGAACAUACCCCCUUGGGCGUAUUUUACAACAACAGAGUUCACUCCAAUUUCAAGGCUGGUUUGUUUAUUGGUAAAGGAGUAAAGACAACGAGAGCCAGCGCUGAAGAUCCCAGAGAGUAUCUUACUGUAGAUAAUGCCAGGUUUCGCCCACAUCAAGAUGCUGACCCCGAAAAGCCGCGAGUUCCUGCCAUAAUUGAUGGUCUUAUUGCUUUUAAAAAUAACGACCAUGGGGCCUGGGCCAGGGGCGGCGACAUUAUUUUCCGCAACUCUGGGUUUUCAGACAAUGGAAUUGGACUCACUCUAGCGAGCGAUGGAACUUUCCCAACAGAUGACGGCUCCAGCCUGGAGGUUUCACGCUCCAUUUUUGUUGGAGAAAGCAGCAACCUUGGCUCCCGGGGAGGCCAAAACAGCUACUGGGGAAGAGGGGCAAAUGGAGAGCACAGAACCCUGCCCAGAAACCAGACAUUCCCUAUUCGUGGAUUCCAGAUUUAUGAUGGGCCUGUCAGGAUGGCAAAAUGCACUUUCAAGAAGUUCACCCCAACUGCUGACAGACACUCAAGCGCCAUUGGGUUCUUCAUGAAAAACUCCUGGCAGAUAAGCCCCCAGAAUAAUGUGUCGCGGAUCCUGAUGGAGAGAAGCGUGGGACUGAAAGUGUUUUUUGGCACAUCAGGCCAGUGGUUUGGAAACAAUGAUAAUGAUGGUGACAAAAUGUCUAUCUUCCAUGAUCUGGAUGGCUCCGUGACGGGAUACCCGGACACUUUUGUAGGCAGAGCGGACAACUACUUGCUUCGUCACCCCGGAUGUCUCACUGUGCCCCGGUGGAAGGGGGUGAUAUGUACUGGGAAAUUUGCCCAGCUUUAUAUUCAGGCCAGACGCCCUGAGAAUCUGACCUUAUCCAUUGCCAGAGCGACAUACCAUUCCCAUCCCUUGUGGCUGCAAGGCGUGAACCGAGGAGUACCAUACCAGCAGUACCAGCCGGUCGUCAUGCUCGAGCAGGCUUAUAUCAUCCAGUGGGACGGCAGAGCACCUGAGGAUGUUAUCCUGUACCCGAUCAACUUCAACAGAGGAGACUGGCUGCACGUUGCCCUCUGCUAUCCCCGGGAAGCCGUUUUCCACGUGGUGGCAGAUGUCUACCAGCGACGGACGGGGACGGUGCACAGCGUAAAGCACUACGGGGCCGCUGCCUCCCGGGACGGUGCUCUCAGCGGCACCAGCGAGCGGUUCUUCUACUUCAACCGGACAUCAGGGUACCUAUUUGUUCACCUGCAAGCCCACGAAGCUCGGGAAGGACACAGCUACUGCUCCGAGCAAGGCUGCGAACGUGUUAAGAUCACGGCAGAGAUGCCCACGGGGGGCUCCUGGAGCUGUGCCCCGAACCCCUUCCCGGAGCACAGCGGCCGGCCGGCAGCUCCCCGGCACCUUGCGUCCCAGCGCCUGGCCGGGCCGUGCAGGGCCUGCGGGGCCCCUCAGCUUGUUAUCACUAGCAAACCCUCAACCAAGUAUGUAAGAAUACAGAUCCAGUCUCUCAGCACGGCUGACAUACAAAACCACUUGACGUCUGCGUUCAUUAAGAUAAAUGAUAAAAUUUUCCUGUUCGAUAGCCGUGGGAUAUUCUUCGUGGUGCUAGAUGCAUGUUCAGGAGCAGUCGUGAGUAGGCAGCACUUUGACACAGCUAAUGGUGAAAAUGCUGCCAAUUCAAUAACUGACUAUGUUCAAACAUUUAUAAAAGAGAGAUCACUGGUUCUUGUGUGCUCCAGAGAUCUCACAGAAAUGGCUGGAAGCUCUGAAAUGUCUGUCUUCACCAGGUUAGGUUCUGCAAAACCUAUUAUCUUCCAUAAAAAAGGGAGUUUUGCUAUGCUUGGCUACAAAGGGCAAGCCAAGCCCUCCUGGAUUAAAAUCCUUAAUCAUGCUGCUUAUCAGAAAGCUGCUUCUCUACAGCAUUAUGUUCCCCUGAAGCUGAAGGAAUAUCAGUGUUCAGGUAGUGCCGACGAGCCUCCAGAACGGGCUUUGUCUCAGGAGCACUCGCAGCACAACUCUGCGGAGACUGCAGAGCCCCACGACUGAACCCUCCUGCAUCGCUGGCACAACAUCAGCCAGGCAAAUCCUACUACUGUUACCAAAGCUUGCCAGUGUUUUUAUGGGAUUGUACCGAGCCAAUGUUGUUCAUCUGUAUAUUUUAUAACUAAUAAAUAUAUUCUCACCUUA